GUCACAAGACUUGGAAACAAAGUGGCAACCCACAAACAUGGAGCACAAACAACAGAGCAAAAUAACACUGAGCUUAUUCCGGAGUAAAACAUGAUAAUCGUUAAAAAGUGGGCAGAGCAGGGGGAGACAUCACCGCCCACUUUCUGAUGAUAGCAGGUUGUGCGGCCUCCUCUGUUUUGAUUCACAGCUCGGACAGGCGGGGCAGAGAUGGCGGAAGACUGGAAGUCCGGGUAACUACUUCAAGCUACUCCACUACUGAGAUUAAAUUCCGUUGUACUAAAUAACAUAACGGGGAAGCUGGCAGCCUUACACGGUACUCGAUUCCGCCCGGAGGAGAUGGAGAUAUCGGCGGAGGGUGAGGCGGAGGAGCGCAGGAAGGAGCACUGGAAGCUACUGUCCAGCCUGAAGACCACAGUAGAGGGUCUUUUGUCCACCAACAACCCCAACGUGUGGUCACGUUAUGGUGGGCUGCAGCGGCUCCACAAGGACAUGAACAACAUCCUGAGCCAUGGACUAAAAAACGAGCAGGUGUACUACAAGCAGAGAGACUACUGGCCUUUUGUGUGGUGUGUUCGCUACAUCAGCCCCCACCUCGCCUCGCACGUUGAACAGUUCAGCCACCUGGAGCCGGUACUGACCAGCGGGAUGCAUAGUGGCGGUGAGAGCUACAAAGCUGAGCGCUGGCUGCUUCACAGCUUACAGGUUCACAUGCUGUCCGCUCAGCUCCGACCUCUGCUCCGGCAUCUGGGGCAUACACGUAAAUACUAUAAUGAUGAUGCCUUUCUGCUGAGUGAGCCCCAUGUGACCGCCAUGUUCCAGUGUCUGGAAGCUGUGGAGCAGAAUAACCCCAAACUGUUGGCCCAAGUAGACACUGUCGGGCUGUCCCCUCUGAAGGGCCCACCAUGUCUGGGCCUAUUGAAGAGCCAGAGCCUGUGUGUGUUGCCAGGGGCUGGUGGGGUUUGGCGGAACACUGACUUAGCUCCCAGAGGAGAGUCUCUAAAUCGCAGACUCACCACCUCGAACUGCUCCCUCCGAGAAGCAGUCGCCACCAGCCACAACUCUGGGAACAAUUCGGGAGUCGGAUCUCAGAAUAACAACAGCACAAACACUAUCUCUCCAGCCAGCAGCCUGGGAGCUCCCUGGGUGUGUGUGUCCCGGCCGGAGGAGAGCGAGCGGGGUGUGACUCCCCCUCCCGGCUCUGCCUCGGUCCCUUGUAUUUCCCUCACAGAGUCCCCCUCGUCCACCUCCCUUCAGCCUGAGGCCGGGGACUCUGGCGACGGCGAGUACGACGAUGGUCCUGAAUACCUCGCUAUCGGUAACCUGGGGCAACGCACCCGCCGUGACUCCCGCAGUUCCACCCACAGCAGUGAGCAGGGCGUCACCCAGGACCAAUCUCUGCAACGGGGUUCCCUAGCCCCGCCCCCACCCAGACGUUCAUCUUUCUCAGAGGGCCAGAAGGGGCCGGGUCGAGGGUCCAGGGGCCACACCCGCUCGUUGUCUGACACAGGGGUCAAUCAAAAACUCAGGAAUGGAGGGGGCCACCGAAAAAUCACCAUAAUAAUAGAAGAUCCAGUAGCAGAAUCAGCAGAGGACGACUGCUGCAUGAAGGACUACAGCCCUUUCUCACCUCAGCGCAAGGAUGCCAGCACUCCGAGUUCCCUCUACAUGGAGUCUCAUGGGUCCCAGUACAGCAGUGUUCCAGAUGGGAUGUUCAGGAAGCCGUCAGAGGGUCAGAGCCUCAUCAGCUACCUGUCAGAGCAGGACUUUGGCAGCUGUGCUGACCUUGAGAAGGAGAACGCUCAUUUCAGCAUUUCAGAGUCUCUCAUUGCUGCCAUCGAGCUGAUGAAGUACAACCUGCGCCGUCAGGAGGAGGAGGGCGAGGAGGAAGGGGACAGUGACUGUGAGAUCCAGCAGCUCAAACAGAAGAUCCGCCUCAGAAGGCAGCAGAUCCGACGCAGCCGCCUGCCACCCUGCGCAAACUCCCAGCACAUUUUCCACUCCACUGACAGUGGUGGCUCCAGGAGGAGCUCUCAGGACUCCUGCCAGGGCCUGUCAGACUCCGGCUCUGCUGAGGAGGUGGAGGAGUGCGAACUACGAGAUGGCUGUGAGGGUCAGUCCCUGCUGGCGGUGUCUCAGAACGGCCUCUCCCUGUCACUCGCCUCCCUCUUCUCAGAUGCAGAUAUUAAGCGCAGCGUAAGCUCCAGUGGCAGGUCUUUUCUCAGCUCGGAGUCCAUCUCUCCAUCCUUCCUCCAGUCUAACUCAGCUGAGUCAGUAGCCAUGGGUUUACUCAGGCAGUUUGAGGGCAUGCAGCUUCCUGCAGCCUCGGAGCUCGACUGGCUGGUUCCAGAACACGAUGCUCCACAGAAGCUGCUGCCCAUCCCCGACUCUAUGCCGAUCUCGCCUGAUGAUGGUGAACACGCAGACAUCUACAAGCUUAGGAUUCGGGUCCGGGGCAACCUGGAGUGGGCACCGCCUCGACCGCAGAUCAUCUUCAACAUUCAUCCCGCCCCCAAGAGGAAGAUAGUUGUGGCUAAACAGAACUACCGCUGCGCUGGCUGUGGCACUCGCAUCGACCCAGAUUAUAUUAAGCGACUGCGUUACUGUGAAUACCUCGGCCGUUACUUCUGCCAGUGCUGCCAUGAGAACGCCCAGGCGGUUGUUCCCGGCAGAGUGCUGAGGAAGUGGGACUUCAGCAAAUACUAUGUCAGCAACUUUGCCCGGGAUCUGCUGAGCAAGAUCGCCGGAGACCCGCUGUUCAACCCCAGUGACAUCAACAGUGGCCUGUACAAGAAGAUCAAAGCUUUGGAGGCCGUCAGGGUUUUAAGGAUGCAGCUGUUUCACAUGAAAAAUCUCUUCAAGACCUGUCGCUUUGCUAAAGAGGUGCUGGAUCAGUUCGACAGCCUGCCAGGUCACCUGACCGAGGACCUUCACCUCUUCUCCCUCAAUGACCUCAGUGCUGUGCGCAACGGGGAACUGGCUCCCCGCAUGAAAGAGCUGCUUAAACUUGGUACCAUGCACGUAGCUGGCUGUGUGCUGUGCCAGGCGAAGGGCUUUGUGUGCGAGUUCUGCGGCAAUGACAAAGACAUCAUCUUCCCCUUCCAGCUGAACAAGUGCCAGCGCUGCGAAGAGUGCCACGCGUGCUACCAUCGCAGCUGCUUCCGGACAGGUAAAGACUGUCCUCGAUGUCACAGGCUGGCCGAGCGCAGAGAGAGGAUGGCACGCAAAAACAUGGAGGAACAAGAGGACGAGGGAGGUGGGCCUUAGUGCUGGUGUCAGAGGAAACUUUGAGACAGAAGAAGAGCACAAUGCGACCAUGAUUGUAGUGACUGACCACCUCUCGUUUCCGCUCCAGUCCUCUCAGACCUGGGUGACGAUACUGAAAACAGAUGUUUUGAUCUCAGUGGAUUGCCAGAUGUGCAGUUAUGUUAGUGUGGCGACUGUUGAUUUUUUUGGAUGCAUCUAGUGUGAACUAAGCCCCUUUCACACAUGCACUUUACUCUAAAUAGUAGUUAUUUCAGCGUAAUUUUUGAAUCAGGAACUUUAAUUUGGUUUCCCACAAAUAUUGAGGGACUUUUUUAGAGAAAUUUUUCAGCCCAUGCAGGAUUUCUUUACGGAAACACAGGAUAUUCCAGCACUUUUCUUUUAGCUAGACAUGGGUUCAUCCUCAAUAUUUAAUUCCUAAAAUAAUUAUUUAUUCAUUUCCUAGAGCAUAAGUAAAAAUGUAGGAUUUGUCUGACACUAGUGACAGGACAAAAAAAAAAGACAUGGCAGUUAGGGUUGUCCUGAAUCCUUUUUUUGUGCUUCGAUGCUUUCGUGACAAUUACCUGCAAAUAUUCAAAGCUUCGACAGGACGUGAUGUGACCCGUAGGUUGGGUGUGGGGUAAUAUAUUCAACUACCCGACCCGCUGUGUGGGCGAGAGAGUGAUAAAGAGGGUGGACUAUUCCAUGCAGUGUUUCUGCAAGUCACACUUGCCACCUUAUUGUAGUUUCCUCCUCGAGUUUACCAUUGAAAAGUCAAAACAAAAAAACAAAGCAUUUAAAUACGGAUCUGGACGUCGAUUACCAUGGCAAUGAUUGAAUUUUCGAAGCAUGCGGGUCAGCCCUAGUGGCAGUUGUGUGACAAAUCCACGCUGAAUCGUACAGGGAUAUUUGACGCUGGCCCUGUCGCUGCUACAUGUGUGAAACAGGCCUGAGAUUCACUAAACAUCUCGGCACUUUGUUCCUCUGUGGUAAAACCGAUAUAUUUGAGAUUAAAGUAGAUGAGAAAACAAGUACCGUAAAACUUGGAAUAUAAGUCGCACUGGCAUAUAAGUCGCAGUCUAUUUUUUAAGGUCUCAAACAGGGAAAACAAGGUUUUAUAUUACUAUUUGUUAAUAAAAACGUUAUACA